AUGGCCGAGCUCGCAGUGACGACCGAGACCUUCGUCCGCGAUGUGGAUCAACAAACGGCCAUUGACGAUGCGGACGAUGAGGACAUUGCGUACGAGCCGGAACAACAGACACACAUCGAGGAGCCAAGGCUAGACAUAGACCCUCUGGAAGAAUUCCUCAAGCCUUUGGUGCCCGAAGAAUCGCGGCUAUACAAUCUGGCCCGCCGCUUCUCCGAGGUUUAUCGACAUCUUGCCUUAACAUCAGACCAACAAUUCCUCCCUACCCCCGUGACUCGACUACCCAGUGGCGAAGAGGUGGGCCGCUAUCUGGCAAUCGAUGUGGGAGGCAGUAAUCUACGAGUAGCCUUUAUUGAGUUGCUGGGGGAAGAUGCCGAUUCCGACAAGAGUCCCAGCGAUAAAUCGCGCGAGACAAUCCGCAAGGCCCAGCGCCAACGCGUGAGACGGACACUGGAGAAAGCAUGGCCGAUUCAAGAGCAUCUGAAAAUGGACAAAGCGGAAGACUUGUUUGAAUGGAUUGGAGACUGCAUUGCCGAAGUCAUAGCCGACAGUCUUGCCUCGGACGCUACCAAGGGGGAGAUUCCGGAGGAACUGGAGAUGGGUAUUACCUUCAGCUUCCCUAUAAUGCAGGAAUCGCUGGGCGAGGCUACACUAAUGCCAAUGGGCAAAGGGUUUGCGAUUACAUCUGAUCUCAAUCUACGCAAUAUACUCCUUACCGGCUAUGAAAAGCAUACAAGGCGAUCUGAAGACGACGAACCGUCAACCAAGCGACGGAAGCUCUAUGCGCUUCCCAAGCUGAAAAUUGCUGCCAUCACUAACGAUGCCGUUGCUACUCUAGUCUCGUCAGCGUAUUGUGUCAAGUCGUUGCCAAAUAGUCGCGUUACAAUGGCCAUCAUUGUUGGCACGGGCUGCAAUGCCACGAUACCCAUGUCUUUGACGGAUUUACACGAAUCCAAGGCCAAGUUGGUUAGCUCACGAGACCCCAAAGCCACGCAAACAAUAGUUAACACGGAAAUCACUAUUUCUGGUGCUGCGGCGCCAUUGAAGGAGCUGAACAUCACCACUAAAUGGGAUGUUGAGCUCGACCGAGCAUGUUCUCGGCCCGGUUUCCAACCCCUUGAAUACAUGACGGGUGGUCGUUAUAUUGGCGAACUUGUGCGAAUUGUGUUUUUCGACUAUCUCACCAAUGUGCUUGGAGUCACCAAAAAAGAGUUGCCAGCAAAUUUGGUGCAUGAAUACGCUCUUUCCACAUACUAUCUCUCGAAUAAGGUUGCACGCAGUCGGUCUGCCCAAGAAUUGGUGAUGGAGCUCUCACGAUCUUUACCGCCACCAGAGUCCAGUGAUUGGUCUUGGAGCAGAGAGACUGCAAUUGCAUUCCAAAAAGUCACCAGGGCGGUUCAGACUCGCUCAGCAGGACUCAUCGCCUCAGCAGUUAUAGGCCUUCUUGCAUGCACACGCGAAAUUCAGCUGAGAGACGAUAGUGCGCGAAACUCGCCUCAACCUCCGCUGGCAGGCAUCCAAAGUGGAGACUCCAAUGACGAUCAACAAGAAACAGCUGCUGCUCUUGCCGCUACCAAUAAGACGCUCACGUCUGAGAGUAAUAACCAGCGAGGUCUCAUAGUGCCUGUAUUGGCGCCAGCGCCGGCAGACUGGCAUUCCGGACCUGAGGAGUUGGUUGUCGCCUACACGGGAGGAAUCAUUCAGAAUUAUCCCAACUUCAAGGAAACGUGUCAGUCCUAUAUAGAUCGAAUGAUUAUGCGGACGGGUCCUCAGAUGGGUGGCAAGUCUGUCUUUCUACGCGAGGCUUCUGAUGGAGGCGUGAUUGGGGCUGGAGUGCUUGCUGGCAUGGUUGCUGGUCAGACUUGA